CUCUAAUGUCAGCUUCAGCUAAUGUAUAAAGCAGCUGUUUGGCAAUUUGGUUUAUAAAGUGUCAAUUAUGUUAAAAAAUGUUGUUAUUUAAUAUUGUAGGAGUGCCAACACGUAUUAAAAUGAGAUAUUUAAUGGUAGAUUAAGUGACGAAUAAAACUGUUAAAAGUAUUUGACUUUCGCUAAAAGCUAAUUCAUUAGAAAAGAUUUUUAAAUGACCUCGACAAUGGCACAUAACCUAUGUGCGACGUAUUUUAGAGUUUAGAUUUUUUUUAUUUAUUGAUCCAGUGUUAUUUGUGAGUUCGGCAAAUUCAAACUGCAUCCUUAUUUCAAUCUUAGACCGAAGAAUUUUUCACAGAAUUUUAGAAACAUUCUGCAACAGUGAUUUUUAAUUUUAUAUAACUUUGGAAAUAUUCAAAACCUUUCUCUGUCUUUAAGAGGACAACUAAAUAAUGGGAGAGGAAUGUCCGAAUUGUGGAAAAUUGACCAACACUGUCUACGCAAGACUCGUGAAAGAUUCUUGUGGCCACACAAAGUGUCGAUUAUGUUUAUUAUACGAGGCAACUGGUUGUAAAUCAUGUGAUAAUGAAAAGAAGUUUCAGAAAAUUGGUAAUUUUGAUUACCCAACUAGAGAAUCUUCAGUGAAGAAGGAUUUAGAUGCUUCAAAAUCUGAAAAUUCGGAUAUCAAUAGUGAGGCAGAAUCUGUAAAAUUAGUGGUCGGUAAAGUAACGAACCAAUAUGAGUUUUUUUCCUGUGGGAAUUUUUCUUAUCCAGAAGAAUCAAGUUUAGUUGAAAGCGAAAAAAUUGGAAAGGAGAAAGAAGAUAAGCGGCCUCUACAAAUUGUUGAAGGCGUCAAUGAAAACAGUCAGAAUAAAAUUUCUGUCGAAGCAGAGAAUUCUGAAAGUGAUACGAAUGAAGACGAGAUUGACUCUGAAAAAGAAAAGACACGAAGUCCAAAAAAAAAGUUAGAUCGGAGUCACAUAUCAGUUUUGCCAGGUUCACCAGAAAAGUACAAAUGUAACGCUUGUGGUAAAAUCUUUCGCAACAAAAAAGGAAUGUGUUAUCACGACUCUUGUGUGACCGGAAUUCGGCCAUAUCAAUGCGAAUAUUGUGACAGAAGCUUCGUUAAACGAUCUCACUUUGAGUAUCAUGAGAGAACUCACAGUGGAUACAAACCCUUUAAAUGCCAUCUUUGCGAUAAAGCAUUUCCUCAAAAAAAUAAACUCAAUAGGCACAUGUUUUCGCAUAACCAACUGAAGCCUUUUUCGUGUAACAAAUGUGAAAAAUCGUACUCGAAGAAGGAUGAUUUAAAAAGCCAUUCAAGUGUCCAUUCUGGAUUGACUCCAUUUCCCUGCAAAACUUGCGGCAAAGCUUUCAGAAUUUUAGCGAAUCUGACUCGACACAUGCAUACACAUUCGAGUGAAAGACCUUACGUAUGUGAAGAAUGCAGCAAAAGUUUUAAAGACAAGUCUUUAUUGAUCAGGCACAAACGUACACAUGGAAAAGAGAGACCAUUUUCCUGCGCUCAUUGCACUCGUCUCUUUUUAUCAAAAAGUGAACUGAGACGGCAUCUUACGACUCAUUCAAGCGAAACUCGAAAGGAAGAAACUCGAAAGGAAUACACGAAGAAGAAGAAAUACGUGAGACUCACUAUAAAACAGAAGUGCCGUUUGGUACGAGACGUUGAAGGGGGCAUGCGAAAAGUUGAAGCUGCCAAGAAAUACAAUAUAAAUCAAGGAUCAGUAACUUACAUACUUCAAAAUAAAGACCAGUACUUGAAUGCCGAAAGUUGUUUGAGAAAAAGAAGUAGGAUAGCCAAAGGGGAACAUCCUGUAAUGGAAAUGGCACUCGUUGAUUGGAUAAGACAGCAACAGAGCCGGGGUAUUACGGUAAAUGGACCAAUGAUCCGAGAGAAGGCUACAAUGAUAAAUGAAAAACUUAUGAAAGAGGAGAAAGGCGUGCGAACAGAAAAAGCUAUUAAAAAAGAAACUGAAUCGACAGAGUCUGAAGAAGAAAAUAAUGAAGAAAAAGGUCCAAGUUUUGAAUUGAAUGAAAAAAAAUUCAAAGCCAGCGAUGGCUGGUUAUCCAAUUUCAAAGCCCGACAUGGGAUGCGAAAAAUGAGACUGGCUGAUGAUAAAAUAUCUGCAGGCACUGAAUUAGCUGACAAAGUCCAGUCCCAAAUUCGACAAUUUCUUGUCGACAAUGAUUACUCUUUGGAUAACGUGUAUAAUGCGGAUGGGACUGGACUCUAUCACAAAUCGCUUCCGGUCAAAACGCUUGAGUUUGCAGAACAAAAAGGCGAGUCUGAGUUGAAAGUAAAUAAAGAAAGAGUUACAAUCAUGAAUUGCACGAACGCUACCGGAUCACACAAAAUUCCGCUUCUCAUAAUAGGAAAAUCUGCCACACCGAGAUGUUUUCGAAAUGGAAAUGUUGACUUGCCAGUGAACUACGCGAGCCAAAGUCGUUCAGGGAUGACCGGAAAAAUUGUUAUCGAAUGGUACAAAAACGUUUUUAUGAAGUCGGUGAAAGCGAGAAAAACAGAUGAAAAAGAGAAGUUUUUGUUAUUAUUAAAUAAUACGCUCUGCCAUCCACCUGUAGAAGAGUUAAAUAAAAUCGAUCCUCAAUUUAAGGUAUCAUAUCUUCCCCCAAACGUGAGCUCUUUGAUUCAGCCGAUGGAUCAGGGCAUUAUUCAAAGUAUGAAGAGAAAUUAUAAAAAAAUCUUUUUGCGACGAAUGCGAGCUGACGAAAAUUCUGGAAAUAUUGUCAACUUCGUGAAGAGUUGGACACUGCUUGACACAUCUUUUGCCGCAGCAAGCGCAUGGGACAAUGUUUCUGAAAUAACAAUUUCCAAAUGUUGGAAAAAAUUACUAGGGGACCAGACUCCGUUUGUGGAAGAGUCCGAUCCCGUCGUAACUGACGUAACAGACUUGUUAAAUUCUGUAACUUCCUCUGAAAUCCAUUCGAAUAAAGAUGUUGAGGAAUGGUUCCAAAAUGAGGAAAACCUGGAGACCUGCAAGAAUCUGACGGAGAAGGAAAGUGUGGAGGACGCGUCUUACUCUGAAAAUGAGAAAUCUGAAUCUGAUGACAGUCAAUCCGAUUUAGAAGAGGAUGUAGAAAGCAACGCCUUAGUUCAGCUUACAGAAAAAAGGCCGAGCAAUCCGAAAGAAGCAUUCGAAAGUUUUCUAAUAUUUCGCGAGUGGAUCGAAGAACAUGGGCAAUGUUCAAGCGAAGAAAUCGAGAAGCUGAAUCAAAUGCAAGACUUUAUCGAACAAGAAUUUUUUAAUUUUAUGUCUUCUGUUUCCGAAUUGUAAUUUAUAGUAAUUUUUAUUAUUUAUUAAUGUUACCUGAAAAUUAUAGUUUAAUAAAUUACAUAAAAAAUCACGU